AUGGGCGGUGGCUCCGAAGGCUCCGAAGGGAAUGCGCAUGGCGCACAGCAACCGCUGGUGGACCCCCGAGGCGCAGGCGUGAGCAGCACCACCACGAGCAGCAGCAGCGGUGCGGCCAGCCUGGCAGCCACUGCUGGGGCGUGGUGCUCCUCGUCCUUCGCCGCCACUUCCCACUUUCUCCCCGCUCCUCCCCCUCUCGCUCCUCCUCCUCCUCCUCCCGCUGUGGCGGCUGCGGGUGCGGCAGAGACAGCAGCAGCACAGCACACGGCAGCGGCGGCAGUGGGAUGGGAGCUGGCAGCAGCGCUACUCAACGACGACCACGACCCUUAUGCUGCACCUGACCAUGCCGUUGAUGCUGCCACUCACGCUGCUGCACUCCAAGGGAGCCCACCGGUCAUGUCUGCGGGCGAGUCAGAGUGGAGUGCGGGCGACACAGCAACAGCCUUGACGGAUCCGUUCAGCCUCUCGUGGGAUGCCACGAGGGAUGCCACAGCCGCACCCACGUCCACCGCCCUCACCACACACCCGCUGGCCUCCGGAUCACCUCCACUGCCUCUCUCCUGCCGCCCCUCCUCGCCACCACGCUCCUUCCUCACCCGCCAAUCCUCUAUGCCCGCCAAUCCCCACGGCCUCGUCACCGAACCUCACAGCCUCGUCACAGAUCCUCACGGCCUCGCCACCAAUCCUCACAGCCUCGCUACCGAACCUCACGGCCUCGCCACCGAUCCUCACGGCCUCGUCACCGAUCCCCUCGGCCUCGCCACCGAUCCUCACGGCCUCGCUACCGAACCUCACGGCCUCGCCACCGAUCCUCACGGCCUCGUCACCGAUCCCCUCGGCCUCGCCACCGAUCCCCUCGGCCUCGCCACCGAUCCUCACAGCCUCGCCACCGACGCUCAGGGUUUCAUCACCAAUCCCUAUAGCAUGCCGCCACUCCCACCGUUUCACCGUGCCCUCCCAUGCGCCCCUGCCUCCCGCUCCUCCCCCGCGCUGCCCUCUCCCUUCACCCCCCUGCCUGCUGCUGCCCUCCAAGACCUCACCAACUCGCCCUUCUUCUGCCCGCCCCACCUGCCCCCUGCAAUGCUCACCGCCAAUCCCUCCGCCUGCCUGCCCCUCGCUGCCUCCUCACGCCCCUCCUCCUCCCCCGCCUCCCUCCCUCGCCCACCGCACGCCGCUCGCCCUGCCUCCGUGCCUGGAUUCCAGCGCGCCCUCCUGCGCUCCUACUCGCACUCACACGCGAUACCUGCGCUGCCCUCCCCGCCCUCCCUCCUCAAGUCCGUCAGCUCUAGCGCCCUGCCCCUGCCCUUGUGCUCCCCUGCCCCGCCCCUGCCCCUGCCGGCCACUGCCGCGGCCCUGCCCGUGCCAACGUCAUCCCCACAGCACCAGCGGGUGCGGCCCUCACAGCGGCCCCACAUCCCGCCGCCACGGCAGCCAGCUAUGAAUGGAUGGCAGGCGGUCACUCCCAUUGCCCCCCCCUCCGGCACCCACGUGUGCUCCCCUGCUGCGCCCGCCACUCCUCUCUCCCACCUCCACGGCAGCGCAGCAGCAGCGGGAGGGAGAAAGGGGGCGCGGAGGCGGGUGUGGGCGGGGAAGCAGGGGGGGGCGAUGGGCGAGGGGCAGCAGAGGGCGGCGUUCAUCGACAGCAUGGCCCGCUACCUGGGGCUGCCCUCCCCCCCUGCUCUCACCACUGCUGCUGCCUACACUGCACCCUUCACCACCACCACUGCUGCUGCUGCUGCUGCUGCUGCUGCGGGUGGUGGUGGUGGUGGUGGUGGUGGAGGUGGUGAGGGGCGUGCGGCGGAUGCAGCAGGGAGGUGA